AUGAAGCCCUUAUUCAUCGGUGUAAGUGGAGGCGCUGCUUCUGGAAAGAAUGAGACUUGUAAUAAGUUGGUUGCUGAGCUUAAUAAGAAGGCUAGUGACAAGCGUACUAUUAUCCUCUCCCUAUAUUCUUUCUACCAGACCCUUUCUGAUGAGGAAAUCAGUCUGGCUAAAAGUGGGAAUCUGGAUCUUGAUCAUCCUGAUGCAUUUGAUUUCGACGCACUUGAGGACACAAUGAAAAGAGUUAAAAAUGGUGAAUCUGUAACACUCAAACCUUAUAACCCGGAGACCUUUACAAAUUCUGAUGAAUCUAUUGAAAUUCCUGCCGGUAUUGAUAUUGUCUUUGUGGAGGGCACUCUUACUUUCUACAAAAAGGAUAUUCGCGAUAUGUUUCACUUAAAGAUUUUUGUUGAAGCUGAUGCUGAUACACGUCUUUCACGAAAGGUGCUCCGAGAUGUUGUUGAACGUAAGCGAAGUCUAAAUGCCGUUUUGGAUAAUUACUUUAACUUCGUGAAACCUGCAUUUGAACAAUUUUGCCUACCUACGAAACAAUAUGCAAAUGUUAUCUUACCACGUGCCUCAGAAAACAAAGUUGCAGCUGACCUAAUUAUUGAGCAUCUCCUUCAAUCAUCUAGUAAUCCUCCCUCCUCAUCAUCAGCACAGCUUGGUCGCACAUUACGUCUUCGCAACCAAUCGGAAUCUGCCGUUUCUUCACUCUCUAUUCGUCCGCAUUGA